CGCUUCGUGGCCUCCAGACCGGACACGGCUGAGCAGAACAGACAGCUUCAAUUGCAAGAGACAAUCAAGCCCGACAAUACAGAGCACAGGACAUAACAGCCACAAUUAGCUUCUCAUCAUGGCGCCCAAACGCAAUGCGCGCGAACCUACUACGCCCUCGUCGACGGCAACUCCAUCAUCCACCAGUGCUGCGGCAUCCGUCCCUGUUUCCAGCAAAGCCAAAUCAAACACCCAGAGCCCCCAAGAGAUCGCAUUACAUGCCUGGCAGCAAUACCUGGAUACCACACCGCAAAGAACGAAAUUAACGGAUAUAUUCAUGUUGUUCCUGGUGGUGGUUGGUGUUCUGCAGUUUGUCUACUGUCUUAUUUCUGGGAACUACCCAUUCAAUGCUUUUCUCUCGGGAUUUUCGGCGACAGUGGGCCAGUUUGUAUUGACCGCUUCUUUGAGAAUACAGACGAAUGAGGAGAAUAAGGCGGAGUUUGGUUCAGUAUCUCCAGAGAGAGCUUUUGCGGACUAUGUAUUUGGGAGUUUAAUCCUACACUUCUUCUGUGUCAACUUUAUCAAUUAGCGGGCUAUUAGGUAUAGAAGGGAACCAGGUUGAAUGUGUUCGGGAGUGUAGGAAUGACUUUAACGAAAAUCACUCUUAUGCAGCUCGAGAGGAACUUGCGCAACUGUAU